ACAUUCUCCCCGUAUUUGAUUUGGUUUGGUCCAUCAUAUGAGAAAAUGGCGGCGCCGUAUGGAUCCGUGCAGAGAGAUGAUUCCUUGGAAUCUGAGGACGUUUUCAAAAAGGAAUUCAAGAGAUACAAGGCAAAGGACCCAGCACCGAAACUUGAUGAAGUGAUUGACUUCGCAACACCACAAGACAGAAAGGUAAUUCCUGUAGAAAUCAAUCCAAAGAACAUCACAGACCAGGAAUCAUUGGCCAGGCUUGGUCUGCUACAUCCAAGCCAGUGGAGAGUGUUUGGGUUGGAGGGGUUUCUAGGAUUUCUCUUCAUCUUGAACCCCUGGAGGAGAGGCUGUCAGAGGUACUGGGUGACGCGCUGUCUCAGAGACUACCCCUGUAAACCCAAUGUGACAAACUUAGACAAACUGCAGCAUGGGGUAGACAACGUGUGGAAAGAAGGAUACUCAGAAUACAGGAAAUACAGACUGCACGAAGGGAAGAAAACCCAACCCAAGACAUUACUGCACAAGUUGAGAUGGACAACCCUGGGCUAUCACUAUGAUUGGGACAAAAAGGAGUAUCAACAAGAGAGGUAUACAGAGUUUCCUCCAGACCUGUCCCAGCUAUCCACACAUGUUGCACAGACUCUGGGCUUCCCUCGCUACAGGGCACAGUCUGCUAUAGUCAACUACUAUGGGCUAGAUUCUCAGUUAGGAGGACAUGUUGACCAUCAGGAGUUGGACUACUCGAAGCCUAUCAUCUCUUUCAGCUUUGGACAGACAGCAGUCUUCUUACUUGGCGGCAAGACAAAGUCAGUCAAGCCCAUGGCCAUGUUCCUCCGGAACGGUGACAUCAUGGUCAUGUCAGGUGACACCAGACUAGCCUAUCACGGGGUCCCUAAGAUUCUCAAACCACCAAUAGCAGAGCUGCUACCAGAAGGUCUGUGUGAGGGAGACAGGGAAGGAGAACUUCACGAGUCAAUGUUGCCUAGUACUGUGGAGAAGUCUUGGGAGGAGACUGCCCUGUUCAUGGAGGAAUGCAGGAUUAAUAUAACAGUCAGACAGGUUGUUGCGGAGGGAAAAGGGUUUGGAAAAAGGAGCUGCGACGAUGAAUUACAAACUCAGACAAAAAGAACUAAGGAAGCUCAGGGAUUCUGAUGUUCAGUCUUUGAUCUGUGAUACCAUUAUUGGAAAUAGACAGUUUGUUGAUAAAACUACAUGGCUGCUAAAUCAUGCUUCUGUAUUAUGAGGGAAAGAAAAAAGUCACUGAAAGAAACCUGAAGUUCUGCUGCAGUCCCAAGGACACCUGCCAGAGGGCUCAAAGUCUACUUUGACCUUCAUGCUCAUAACACCUAUAAAUAAUAUAUUCAGUCUAUCUAGAGUUAUGUUAUUGCUGUGACACACAAACCAAAAAACUCUUUUUUUUUUCAUAGAGGUAUAAAGGUUGAUAUGGUACUAAAUGGGGGGUUGCACCCCUGCAAACGUAUCCUUCAACUUCAGGCCCUGUAUGUUUGCUGUAUGGCAUUGUACUACAGAAAAUUCUUUAGAAAUUUAACUUAUUCUAAUGUGUGUGUACAUGUAUGUACCUUAUGCCACUUUUUAUGAGCUGUGCGACUUUUGUUAAUCUAUAGUAUAUGCAAUGACUGCUCAUAAACUCAGAUAAUUCAAUCAAAAGCAAGUAAGGAAAUUCUCUAUAUUUUAAUGGGACAUAAUGACCAGUAAUAUUAGUGAAAGAAAGAUAAGAAUAAGGAUAAGUACAUUACACAAUGUUCAUUGAUUGUUUAACUACAUACAAAUCUGUUCAGUCUAAUUUUAAUCUCUAAGGCCACAUCAAGUCCUUUAAUCCUGAAAUUUUUACUGGGAAAUAUCCAACAUUGUCAAAGCUUUUAUUUUUGUAAUAGUCAUCUACAAUAGUUAAUAGUCAACGUACAUGUAUAUGGGCAAAUUGAAAUAAAUUGGCCUUGCGAAUACAUUAAA